GAUGAGCGAGCGUACGGAAGGCAGAGCGGUCGUGUGUUCUUUAAUCGUAACAACCGUCGAUCGCCGGAAUUCUUUGGAUGUUCCUUGGUCGUUUAAACUCGAUUAUAAAAGGCUAUAGCAGUAUGGUCGGCGGUGGAAAAUAAUUGAUUCCACAAAUGCGUGACGCUAGAAAUAAAUCAAUUCCAACGGUUGAACUUCUCUGCGACCUGUGAUUGUGCUAAUUUGCUCGAAAAAGUUUCGAUUUGGAUUUGGAUAUCCGUUGUACAAAAGAAGGUGGAAAGAGAAAAAAAGUCACCAGGAAACUGGUCACAGGAGAACAAUUGUCCAAGUUUUCAUCCGUGUUGGUGUAAUUCAUGGUGCAACACUAGUACUAAUUGGGGAAACUCAAUUGCUCACCCGGUGGGAGUGUACGGUGGAAACUACGUGUUGCGACAAUUCUUUGCUGCCAUUGGAUUCGCUCUAGUGGGUUCUCCCUUUCGAUUGCGGAGUUUACAAGGAUAGACCCCGGAGUGCAGCCUUACUGUUGUCUAAUGUUUCCGUUUUACCAUCGAAAGGACACUCGAGUGUAACUUAUUACGGUCUGCUGAAAAGUGUCGAAGUUCGGAUUAUCUUCCAUAAAAGUUGACUCCCGUACAUUUUUUUCUAUUUAAUGUUUCUGAAAAGUAGUGUGUCAUUGUUCAGCGGAGAGUUUGAUGGAUCGAGGUGAAGCCUUGUUGCCAGUAAAUGAGUGUAUCGGUAUUUCUCGGUGAGAACACUGUUGUACACCUCAGCGAGUAAUCCUGAAGGCGAGAGUCGCUUUCGUAGUAGUCAUCACAGUUGAGAGACUAUAACGAUAAACGGGAGGAUACCGCGCUGGCAAGAACCGAAACGUGGCAAAACAAAUUUAGAAGUGGCAAUAAAUCCUAGUCUUGUGGUAUCAUGGGGUGACAGUGUGAGCGUGGGAGAAAACACGUUGCUUGCUGUGUAGGGACAAACCAUUUCUGCCAUCUGACGCGGGAAAGGUUCAGACGCACGUGGGAGGACACAGUUUACCGCGAGGAAAAGUUCAAAAAAGAGCGAAUGAGAAGAAUAUCCCAGAGCAAGAGAAACUGUGUUUCUUAUCGUUAUCUGUCGGUCCUGACGGAAUUGGCGGCGUGUCAGUAAUUGUAAGCUCUAUACGUUCUAGACACAUGACAUAAUCGUGGUAGUCUUCGUUGAACGCACCAGCCAAGUGGCCACAAUGAGUUGUGUUUGUGUAGAAGCAUUUCCUUCGAGUGUAUGCACUCCGGAGGUCUAAGUGUUCUGCGAGGCGAAUUUACUUCUGUGGCUUUCCGUUUGUGACCAUUUCUAGUGACCGUUUGCUGGCUGCCUACCAAGAUCAAGGGGUGCCAUAGCCGGAAAGAAUACCUGCGAUCAACAACGCUAAUAUCUAUUUAUUAUGUUUAUGGUGAAACUACAGUGAAUCUUAUAAACAAUCAAACCACCGGUGGUUUUUUCCCGAAUAGCAGCUGGCGCUGCCGGGUAUGAAAGUGCGGGGAAUACAGCGGAAACCGUAACAAAAGAUCGCUGUGCCGUCGGGCCGUGUAUGUUCAGUGGAAACAAUUGAUGGAAAAAAUGACGACGGCCUUUCAGUGCACCUUACAGUAGACACUCCAGUCUGUAGUGUAUUCUCUAGUGGAAAAAUAAUUCCACACAAUUUAAAGCUUUCGAUGGUUCUUGCGCCGUGUUUAGUGAAAGGUGUCCGAUCCUACAUUGUACCCUGUCUCCACCCACACUGCUAACUGCUUUCCAUCUUAUCCUAUGUGUACAUCAUAUGUACGAAUAGAAAAGGACCUCUUAUUCUAGAGUCAUUAAUCGUUCCUUCAAGUGUGUCGUAGCGUCGCGUAACAGCAUAAUCGUCUAUAACGAGGCUGAAAAGAAUAGCGAGUGUCGUCGGUGUCUAUUGUUGUUGCUGUCGUUAUUGUAGUGUAUGCAAAUGUUCACACAAACAAGUGGAGCUUUUUAUGUAUUCUCAAAGCAACAUUAGAAAAACAGGAAAAAAGAAAACCACUACGUGAAUACUGUGCUGAAACUUCUUUCUACAGCAUUCGGAGUUUGUUCAAACAGACUUAAACAAACAACUGUGGCUGAUUACUGUUCUUCACUGUACGUAUUUGCACCAAAAAUCUCUACAUCUAAGUGGUCGUGUAUCUAUCUAAACAGUGUUUAAGGUAAUCAAAACACUGCGGCUACCCGAUAAACGUAGCAGAUUGUAAGGAUAAAUCAUCAACAAGGAAUUAAACGCAAGGAUUAAGUGUUCGUUACUACCAAUGCUUCAAGUGCUUCAAAGUAGAAGAAAACGCAUCGUACACUAUCUGUAGCAGACACAAAAUAUUCCUUCAACUCCGUCAAUAUGUCUAGUGAAUAGAGGCAAUAACCAAAGAAGCAACGCGACAGUCGUUUCCGCAUAUCGGAUUCACUAGCUAAUUGAUGACCAAAAUUCUACAUAUAGUUGUCAAGUUGUGAUACAAUUGGAGUAUAUGGUAGCAAUAAAAUAACAAUAACGAUAGUAAAAUAUUAUUCACACUAAUAAUAAUUAACAUAAUAACAAUAAAGCAAAAGGAACCUCCAACCGAGGGGCGAAAAGUUGCCCCGAUAUCUAUCCGGUUGGAUUAUGUCCCCCGCUGCUAUUGCAACCAAGGUUACCAUCAUUCCAAUGGACAGGAAGUGCAGGCAAAUAAACGGUGUCAACAACGAUUGAAUUCGACCGCUAACAUUAUCCGCAGCGCUGACCGCCAGGAUUUUUCCGUAGGAUGGGAACGAACGAGGGCGAAAAGAGUGACACCGUCAUCUGAUCGGCGUGCGAAGAGAAUCGAAGGGAUUCCAGUGUGUGCGGUAGAGGACACGAAAUCGAAAAGUGGUCCCUUGGUAGCUGUUGGUGCGUAUACGAGUGUGUUGUUACUGGUUAUAUCCGGACGGGUAACUUAAUAAAAUGUGUUUUAAAAGAUUAAAGAAGCAUUAAUUUUAAGCUGCAGUGCAUGGCAAGCGGUUAAGCUCAAGAAGAGUGCUGAUUGUUAAACUGAUUUCCGACGGGCUUUAGUGACAAAGAAAUUUACUGCGCAAUUGGGGAUAGAAAUGUGAUUAGCGAAUAAAAAUAUGUUUUUUGCUCUUAUUGAUGGUGAAAAUGUGUUGUUUGCUGUACCGACGCAAGAGUGAGAGAAUAAAUUUAAAUGGAUGGAUGCCGUGAUCGGUCUUGCUAACGAUUCUCGGUUUCCGGUAGCAGUGUAGGUGAAUAUCAGCUUUUGAAAAUAGUAUAAUAUUCUUUCAACCCCAAGAAAGUCACUGGUGAAAUGAACCUUUGUAGGUUAAAGUCUAGAAAGGUGAGCCGAAUUGAUUGUCUGUGGAGCAAAAUAAACGGAGCGCCGAAAAAUAGCCGUGAAAUUGAGAAGCAAACAAAAUCAAGUGUCUCGUAAAUCUCAGCAGUCGUGAAGAGAAAAAAUAAAAUCAAACACGAAAAGCUGCGGUGGUAAUUUUUGAUAAAACCUCCUAACUCAGCCUACCGGUGGAGACCGUAGGGGAAGAAACCAGAAACGGGGAAGUGACGUGGGAAGAUUGUAAUCAAACCGGUUCGGCCCCAUAGGUAUUUUCGAAGGUGACACAACAGGAAGGUGUAUUGUAACGUGUCUCCUGAUAGCAGUAGUAGCAGCAACAUCAGCAGCAGCACCAGAAAAAGCAGUAGCCGGGAAAAGCGUGCAUCAGGACGCAGAUAAGAUAGCAGUGUGGCACUGGCAACCGGUAGCAGAAGAAAAAGUGUCGUAAAGGAGAAAACAGCGAUACGACCGAUUCUGUCAAUCACAACCCGUACCGCUGCUCUGGUGAUACACGGCUAGCCAGUUUCGACCGGAUGCUAAACAAUGCCACCGACACCGGCGGGGAAACGACAGCGUUCCAUUCUUCCUUGACGAACCCCCUUGGCAUCCCACGCAACAUGAGCUCCUGUGUGAAAGAACAUUUUCCUUCUAGCACCAGCGGCUAUCGCAAAAUCAAAGAUGGGAACGUAAUCGACAGUGCAGAGUGACCCCUCAAGAGAAUGUAAGACCUUCGGCAGGCGCACAGACAGUUACGGUUCUAGAAUGCUAGUAACUUAUAUUGAGGUAGAACAAUCAGUGACACAAAUCCACAAUACAAGUAAAAUAAAACCGUUAGGAAACAAAUACGCUUACAGAGCUUAGGGUAAAAGUUUUUCCUAUUUUUCUACACCGGGUUACCUUUUUGUGAGAAUUUUAUUAGACACACGCAGAAGGUGUCAAAGUCCAACUUAUCGUGUUGGGUCAGCUUGAAACAGCACCCAUAAGUGUCUUACUUGGAAAGAACGAAAGUUUGUGUUGUUGUCGUCCGAACAAGUUAACUACUUUUUAUACAUCGGCCCCAAUUGGUUAUCGAUAUAAUAACUUUGCAAUAUUUUAAAGCCUAAAUUAAACCGUUGCAAGACUCAUUCCCUCUUUCGUCCGGUUGAACAAAGAAUCGAAGUAAAAAUAAUGAUCAGACAAUACUUAUGAAUAAGUUAGAGGCUAACCAGUUGCUGGCUGAGCGCAGGUAUUAACGAGAUAUCGAUUUUUUUCGAGUCAGGAAAUGAGUUCCGCGGUAAAGACACACGAUAACUGGUCCGCAAAUAGAGCGACAAAGGUGCAGCACAGCUGAUAUUUUUUUCCUAGAUUUAUAUAUAGUUGGUGGUUACACAGAGUGAAAACCAUACGACGAUUUAGGAAAUCAGAUAGGAUUUCGUUAAAAAAAAUCGACGGAUUAACCAGUGUUGCAGCUGUUUGGAAUUCGAUCGGUGCCAUUUUGCUCCUACGAAUAUCAUUGUUAUCGAGUGUAAAUUUUUUUCCCCUUUUGCAAGGGAUUACCUAGCCGGUAUACCAAUAAGUUGAGGAAUUUUACGGGAUAGUUAACUGGAUUUGAGUUAUUGCUCGGUCUUUUGCAAGCAGUAGAAUUCAUACGAAAAAAUAAAAAAAUAAAUAAUAUUUUUGAAUGUAUACUUUUUAACCCGAACCUAGUCAACGAGUCAAGAUAUUACUAGCUGAUUGGCAUUCAAGCGAACAAUUUUCACACACACACUUACACGCUGUUAAAAGUCAGCAAAAGCUGUUUAAAUAUUGUUGUAUUUGUUGUAAGCUAAGUUUAGGGUUUAAGCUACAAUUCAAAGUUUCGUGACAAGAACAACCAAAAAGCUAUUUAAGACGAGUAGAUUUUAUAUUUGUUUUACACGAGGUAAAUAGGAGUUACCAGAUAAAUGUUGGAAACGGAUGAGAAAGCAGCUUUUUAAAAAUUUUAUACAAAAAAGGAAACCGUAACAGCUGAGUAAGCUCACAGGAAGGACAAAUAUUGAAGUAAAUUUCAUUAAGCUACAUCAAUGUUAGAUCGAACUUGGCGUUUUGCGCUUGAAGAUAAUGAUUUUCUAGCGAGCUUUAACUGUCUGUAACAACUAUACUAUUUAGAAGAACCCUCACCCCAAAAAUCUGACACAUCGACACUACACACACUUCUAUCAAGUACUGCAACAAAACCCACACGAAAAGAGGAAUCUUAGUUUUAAACCUACAUACCAACUGCUAGGAGAAUUUAUAGUUGUAAUAAUGAUAAUCUAAUCUAGGUGCACUGUGCGAAACCCCAUUUUUUGAUAACUGUCUACAAGCUGUUUAGGUGCAAUGAAGUAAAAUGUUCUACUUAUAUGUGCGCAUGUGAGUGGAAACCCUCGUGAAAUCCACGAUCCCUCUAUUCCUGACUGUCGUUUUCUUCGCGUACAUGUGACUUAAUUGACUAGCAAUAUUCAAACUUGGUGUGCCAGAAGAAUCGUAAUACUGAAAUCGAAUCCGUUGCCAGCCAGUAGUAAGUAGUAGGACACGACAAGCCAACGGGUUGUGUCACUAGUCUCCUACUCCUACCGUACAACUGUGAAUCGAGACCCGCAAAAUCCACACGAUGUAUGCGGCGGCCGGAGGUGCCUCACUGGCAUCCCGCCAGGCCCGCAAGAAGCAAGCCGCUCAGAAUACCAAAAACAAAGCCACCAAUCAGCAGAUACUCCGGGAGAAGCUAGCUGCGAAAGCAGUGACCACACCGACCAAGAGCAAACCCUUCCACCAGUUACCUGCUUCAUACCUGAGGGCGCCCCAUCAGCACCACCGGAAGCUGAGUGCCGGCUAUACAACCGUUCCCGGCUAUGACCAACACCACAGAUCUCUGGUACCUAUUAGCGAACAGUCCUCAUCAUCUCAUGGAGCUCAUCUUCCCCAUACGCCUCAUCAUCACCACCACCACCACCAUCACCAUCAUCAUCCGGGCCAUUCCGGACCAUGCUUUGCCCAACACGGACCCCCUCAUGCGGCGGCAGCCGGCGUUCCCCAACCGCCGUUACCCAAGCCGACCGGAUUCCGCGAGUACGACAAACUGGUAAGACGUCAUCAGUUAACAAAGUCUGCAACCGCCACAUUGCCACUGGUUUCACAAGCACAAGAUCAAACACCACCACAAACGCCUACCCUCCGCUUUGGCGAACAUCAGCAGUCCACACAUCUCGCCAGCCAAAAUCCCAACACAUUCUCACAGCCCCUUCACCUACAAAUUCCUAUCAACGAUCCGAUCAUAAUUACACCGGCCACACCGCAGGCCACCCCACCGGGCAAGCUCCAGCUGCAGCUGCACCCAACGGCGACAACACCAACGACAACCGGGACGGCGGACGAUGAAGGACAACCAUUGACACCCACCCCCGGAGCUCUGGAGCGAAAGUGCAGCGUUUACCGAGGGCGUAAACUGGACUCUUACGAGGAACACUUUUAUAGUAACAACACCACGACAAUAAACCACCAACACCAGCAGCAUCCAGCGCAUGACGAAGCGUUCGCGUUCGGUCAGCAUCCACAUCCGCACCUCCCAAAUGGCGAACACGGGACUACUUAUGUGUGCAAGUGGGACACCGAGUACUACUGCUGUGACGCCGAACACCGGCAGCUGGGGGUCUGUACCUGUGAUCACAUUGAGUGUGCCCAAGGUCGUGCCGCAUGGCUGGAACGCGGAAGACGGUGCAGCGUGCAAGAAACACCCGCCUCCUGCCAUCGACGAUGGGUCAAACGCAAUCGGAUACAAGACUCAUCGUUGGGUGGCUCCUCGGACGAUGAAGACUUACUCGGUGUGCUGCGAGGCCCCAGUUCAUUCGCCAAUGCCUUCCUUUACGUAGGUUUAGGUACGAUAGCAAUUGGAUUAGUUAUAGCGUUCGUCGGUACCGGCGAGAAAGGAUUCAAAACGGUUGAACUAAGACUUAUCGGACCAUCGUUAAUCGGUCUCGGCUUAUUUUGUUGUAUAUUGCGUAUUCUGUUUUGUAUAUGCCCGUCGCACUGUUUAUCAUCUAAUCGUAAAGCGCGGAAUAAGAAAAACGCUAAAAUUGACGCCGACCAUCGGACUUCCCUGUUACGUGGCGACAGCAAGCGGGUAUCGAUAGCACGCGGACCUCACAUACCGACGAAACAGCCGCAAAUCUAUCCUAAGUCGAUUGUGAAAACUAAAACGUACGAGGGUGUGGAAGCACUUCGGCAAAUAGCAACCACCUCAUUGUUUCUUCAAAACGAGCAGAAAGUUUCAUCAAACCGUAUCGUUCCUAUUAUUAAGGAGCCGGAUAAAACAGAAGAACCACCUUUAGAGCUAAAGAAAAUCUCUUCCCUCAAGGCUGACACGCUUAGUGUGAUAGACAUCGUUAGUUUAUCAGACGGCGAGGACAACGACGAUGACGCCCGCAGUCACAAACAUCGUCCGCACGAUAUUGCAGGGAAUGUUUCCGACACUCAGGUGAUAGAUCUUACUGGGGAAGAAGAACAAUCACGUUCGGCUGAUUCGCACCACCAACGGAAAGACAGCAAGCUUCGACGUCAACGAACUUCAGUCAACCAGCAGAAGCCGAAAGAUGGCGUAACUACAGAAUCACCGAUGUCUUCACUGUCUCCCGGAAGCAGUGGUGCAGCGGCAGGUGGUAGUGGUGGUUUAUUGAUGGAAACUUCACUAAUGGUCGUUGGUCCCACGCCGGUUUGUUUACCAACUAACAAUGCACAACCACAAUCAAUACUCACGGUGCCGAUAACUACAACGCUGCAUGCAACAUCUUCACUGCUAACAGCGCAAUCAGCUACACAAUCAACCUCGUCUAAGUCCGCCUUCGGAGCGAACAUUGCUCCCAGCAUAAGCAACCAGCCGAUACCAGGAUCACUAUCACCGCUGCCGUCGACCUCGUAUCUACCAAGUGCGGCAGCGUUAAUGUCUCACAUUUCCCCACUCACACCAUCACCUACAGCAGCAGGACUGACGCACAAUAAUAGCAGCACAAGCAGUAGCAGCUAUCUUCUUUCACCUCCUCCUAUGACGGGGUUUCCAGGAUCCUCCCCAGCAGUUAGUCCCGGCCCAUACGAACCACUAACACAUGGUACCAAUACCAUCACCACGACUUCAUCAUUGCUACAUUCAUCAGCCGUGACCACUACCAAGACCGAACCGGAACUAGUGUUAAGUCCAGCGAAAUUAGGACAGUAGGUAUACUAUACACUUACACAAAAUAGAAUUUUUUUCCCUAGCAACAACCAACAAUACGAUAGAGUAUGUGAGAUAAUUAAGUGUCUCAGCCUCUAACGCAGCACAAUCGAAUGGGAAUUGAUGUUAAAACCGGAAAUGAAUCUCUGACGUCAUGUUUUGUAACACAACAACAUUGGUAUUAUAUUUAUACAAAACGAGAAACUUUGUCAAAUUGAUCUACUAAGAAAUGAUUAACACUCAGACAAGACGCAAUCGUGCUUCGCGAUCGAAGAUGUUCAGUGAGCGCAAUUUGGAUCAACGUUUAGUUCUGCAAAUUGUUCUACGAUUUUGAAUAUCAGGAGUAAAACAAGCUAGUUAUUAUCAAUAUAAUAUGGUUUUACCAAAAGCUGAUAAAUUCUACACUAUAAUUUCUUAUAACAGAAGCAUUUGGGUGUUUGAAAAAAAAUUCUAUGUUCUGUUCGUUCUGCAAUUAUAGGUUUUCUCGAAACGGUCAAAAAAGUAGUAUAGUAUAAAUCAAACCUUCGAACAUCUCUCAUCAUCAGAACUGUUUCGAAUAACGACGCAUGUAUGUCGAGACCACAAGAAAUAACAAAAUAUAACAUGAAACACUAAUGUGUUCGGCUCAGUAGCGUUUAAGUUAAGUAAAAUAUAGUCUAAACCGACCCAUAUGUGUUACUAUGGCUAAGUUUGGGAUCAAAAAAUUGUGUAGCUUUGUCGUUUGGUUAUUUGCUCACUAUUCUAUCUAAAAACAAGCAAAAUAUUUUUUGUAUCUACUGUUUGAUUGCCGCUAUUAGAUUACUUGUAUAAUCGUAGAACAACCCAAUUUGGUCCCAUAGCAUUAUAAACCUGUUAUCAAAGCAAAAUGUUACAAAAAAGUAUAUAAUCAGUUACUAGAUACCUUACAAAUUAUGUGAAGCUGUUUUGUGUUUGCGUUUGUCCAUAUUUUGAUGGAAUCUUUAUAAAUCAAUAGAGAAGCAUCUAUAUAUUGAAACUAUAAUUGAACACUGCGGAACGAGAUAAUAAGAUGUCGAAAUGACGCCACAUAGAACGUUAUAUAUAUAUAUAUAUAUAUUUAUCAAGCCAAGCAGAGAAAAAUAUAACACAAAAUAUCAUUUAUCAAACUCAAGCAUUUGAGAAACUUCAGUGAUAUACAAACUAUAUUACCAAGAGAUUUUAAACAAAAUUAUUGUACAUAACCCAUUACUUCCAGAUGGAUUAGGUUGAAUGUGGAACACAGAGUAUAUUUUGGUUGCAAUAUGUUAAUAUCUUUUCUAUCAAUCGAUGCACAAAUUACAAAGAGAGAAGAUUGGAACGAUAUAUCAAGGAAGAAAUAAACUACAUGCCGUACUACACCGAAGCGACGAUAAAUAAACAAAUAUUUAUUCGCAUUCAAAAAAACAAAUAAGCGAGAAAGCGAGCGAGGAAAAAGUGUUACCGAAUAACGUCCUGCAUGUUCGAUAUGCUUUUCCAUUAAUGUGUGAAUGUUGAC